ACUCAGACCAGAUGCCGGCAAAGCAAGUCCGAGUGAGAGGAAUGGCGUCUCGAGCCCUUCCCGGGCCCCGCUCCCCUUCGGCCCAAACCAAACCACAUCUAGUGCCCUCCACGCCAUCGAUUAUGUCGGCGAGCUGCGACACUGGCCCAAUUUUCUCCGAUUUGUGGAGACAUAUAUCCAAGGCCGGCGUUGGAGCACCAAGGCCAUAGAGUACAUUCCCAAAUCAGGCGUCUUUGAGGCGGAAGCACCCCUCAUAGGCCUUCAGGGUGCCUUCAAUCAUUCGUGUCUUGGAAGCACUUAUGCCAAGACCCCCGAUAGCAUUCUGAUGACCAGGGACGCUCGACUGAAGGUUGUUGGUGAACUGAAAGUUCCUUGGGUGUGGUCACUGACUACUGGUACCACCAAACGCCUAUG